CCACAAAGGGGGCGUGUCCUGUCGACAAGGUGCUUGAAGUCUGAAAUCUUUCUCAUCGAGUCCAUCUGGUGAAGCCCAGCAGGUCCUCUUCCUCUGACAAUGGCCCAGUCAAUCCUCGACACCAUGCCCGGAGCCACGACGGGCACCGUGCUGAUCUCAGACCCGCUGAACUUCUGGGGUGGGAAGCGAGUGAAGCCCAUGCAGGACAAAAACACGGAGCCCGUGUUUGAACCCGCGACCGGCCGCGUCUUGUGUCAGAUGGUUCCAUGUGGAGCCGAGGAGGUGGACGAGGCCAUCAAGAGCGCCCAUGCUGCCUACCUACAAUGGCGCAAGAAGGCCGGCAUGGAGAGGGCGAGGGUGAUGUUGGAGGCCGCCCGCAUUAUCAGGGAAAGAAGGGAGGAAAUUGCAAAGCUGGAAGUGAUCAACAAUGGCAAGUCCAUCACUGAAGCGCUGGUUGAUAUUGAUGUUGCCUGGCAGUGCAUUGAGUACUAUGCUGGCAUGGCUGGUACACUCGCAGGCCAGCACGUCCAGCUCCCUGGCGGAUCGUUUGCUUACACCAGGAGGGAGCCCCUUGGCGUGUGCGUGGGAAUCGGUGCGUGGAACUACCCCUUCCAGAUCGCAUCAUGGAAGUCUGCUCCUGCUCUGGCAUGUGGUAACGCCAUGGUAUUCAAGCCCUCUCCGAUGACCCCUGUGACGGCCGUCAUUCUGGCCGAGAUUUACAAAGAGGCGGGGGUGCCCGACGGGCUCUUCUGCGUGGUGCAAGGCGGGGCAGACACCGGCACCUUGCUCUGCCAGCACCCGAAGGUCGCCAAAGUGUCUUUCACCGGCAGUGUGCCCACGGGCAAAAAGGUCAUGGAAAUGUCUGCAAAGGGGGUGAAGCAGGUGACUCUGGAGCUUGGAGGGAAAUCCCCCCUCCUGAUCUUCAAAGACUGUGAUUUGGAGAACGCAGUGAAGGGAGCGCUUAUGGCAAACUUCCUGACACAGGGGCAGGUUUGCUGCAACGGCACCAGAGUGUACGUGCAAAGAGAGAUCAUGCCCCAGUUCCUUGAGAAAGUCGUGGAAAGGACCAAGGCCAUCCCAGUGGGUGACCCCCUGUUGGACGGCACCCGGAUGGGCGCGCUGAUCAGCAAGCCGCACCUGGAGAAAGUGCUGGGAUUUGUCACCCAGGCCAAGAAAGAGGGAGCCAAAGUGCUUUGUGGAGGAGAGCCUCUUGUCCCCAGUGACCCCAAAUUGAAAGGGGGCUACUAUAUGGCACCUUGUGUGCUUGACGACUGCAGGGAUGACAUGACCUGUGUGAAGGAGGAGAUCUUUGGCCCGGUCAUGUCGGUGCUGCCUUUCGACACAGAGGAAGAAGUGCUCGCGAGAGCCAACGACACCACGUUUGGUUUGGCCUCUGGCGUCUUCACCAGGGAUAUUUCCAGAGCACAUCGGGUGGCUGAGAACCUGGAGGCAGGGACCUGCUUCAUCAACAACUACAACAUCAGCCCUGUUGAAGUGCCAUUUGGAGGAUACAAGAUGUCAGGUUUUGGCAGAGAGAACGGCCAGGUGACAAUCGAGUACUACUCCCAGCUGAAGACGGUGGUUGUGGAAAUGGGCGACGUCGACAGCCUCUUCUAAACUCCUCAUCAAGUUAACCAGCUCUGCCAGAACUGUGGAUGAAACGCUUCCCUGCUGCCUUCUGUCAUGCGCUUUAGACCAGACAUCAGUACAUGGAGCGCUCUCUACUGAACCUACUUUGAAUGUAAUUUCCCGCUUGCGGGAUCAAUAAAGUAUACAUCUAUCUAUCUAUCUAUCUAUCUAUUAACCAAGCAAAUUAACAGAAACCUUGACGUCAAACUAACCGUGUUGAAAACUGUGAAUCAUUGUUAUUCAGUCUGUGUAUAAAUAUGUAUCAGGGUUCGUACGGUCAUGGAAAACCUGGAAAAGUCAUGGAAUUUUAAAAUGGUCAUUUCCAGGCGUGGAAAAGUCAUGGAAAAAAAUUAAAUCAUGAAAGUUUUGGAAAAGUCAUGGAAAUGUUGGUAUAUUCACAUGUUCAUUUACGCCGAGUUUGAAAUAAUUAAUAUAAACAGAUGGAUUUGCACAUAAAAAAUAAACAUUUAUAUAAGUGUUUAAAGGAAUAAACAUGAAUAGACAUGUUUAUUCUUUUAAUCAAACUAUUGUCUCAUUCAUUUGUUUCAUUUAAGGUAAACUAUAUGCUUUGGAAUUCUCAUUUUUGUAAUACAAAAUUCAAUAAAUUGUUCAUGUUUAUACCGAGAUUUCAGUUUGGUCGUGGAAAUUUGGUUUAAAGUCCUGGAAAAGUCAUGGAAAUCCAUUGGUCAAAAUGUGUACGAACCCUGAUGUAUACUCGAUGUUUAACUGACACAUAACUGGACAACUAAUGCCUUUUCAUUAAAUGUUUUGUAGAGAAAGUCUAUGCCUGGCUGCUUGUUGCUUCAAAAUAAAAGAUGAAUUGCUGCAACUUCUUAA